ACACCCAAAAAUUAAUCUUAAUUUACACAUAAUUAACAUCAUAAUCAUAGUCGGUAUCGAUUCUUGCUAAUUAAUAUGGAGAGCUUUAAGAAGCAAUUGAGAUUAAGUGCAUUAAUAAUCAUGUUCUUAUUUGUAGUCAUCACUACCCUUCCUUACACGUUAGCUCUUCAAUUCAAUUUUUAUAGUAAAUCAUGUCCAAAUGCUGAAAAUAUUGUUCGACAAAUUGUUCAGCGACGUGUUAAAGCUGAUAGAACUAUCCCUGCUGCCUUGCUACGUAUGCAUUUUCAUGAUUGUUUUGUUAGGGGAUGUGAUGCGUCCAUAUUGAUAGACUCAACAACAAACAACCAAGCAGAGAAAGACGCGGGAGCUAAUGGAUCUGUUAGAGAGUAUGCUCUCAUCGAUCAAAUAAAGGCUGCUCUUGAACGUGCAUGCCCUAAAACUGUUUCUUGUGCCGAUAUCAUUGCACUUGCUACAAGAGACUCUGUUGCCCUAUCUGGUGGUCCAAUGUAUAGUGUCCCAACAGGUAGGAUGGAUGGGCUUAUAUCUCGGGCCAGUGAAGUAAAUCUUCCGAGCCCGAGCUUUACUGUUGCUCAAGCCCGUCAAUCUUUUAGUGCUCGUGGGUUAACCCUAAAUGAUAUGGUCGUCUUACUGGGAGGUGGUCAUACUAUUGGAGUAGCUCACUGCAAUUUCUUCCAAAAUCGAGUAACAAACUUUCAAAACACCGGAGCCCCAGAUCGUACCAUGGAUAAGACUUUGGCAAGCAAGCUUAGGAAUCUUUGUGCAUCAAACCCAAACGCAAAUCCUAGUACAUUCCUUGACCAAAACACAUCGUUUGUGUUUGAUAAUGAAUACUACAAUCAAAUUAAAAAGAACAAAGGGAUAUUGCAAAUUGAUCAAGAGCUUGCACUAGACCCUUUAAGUUCUUCAAUGGUUUCAAGUCUUGCUACUAAUAAUAACCAAUUUAGAAAAAGCUUUGUUAAUGCCAUUAUCAAAAUGGGAAACAUCAAGGGAAGUGGUGGUGGAGAAAUUAGAAAAAAUUGUAGGAGAAAAAACUAAAAAGAAAAUUUAUGAUGGGAAUUAAGAUAUUGGAAGCCCUUGUCAUCCUUUCCUUUCCUCACCCUUUCAUGAACCUUCAAGUUAUGUAAUGCUAUAUGGUCCCUAUUGAGGGAAUCCUGUAUAGUUGUAUUUAAUGUUUAUUUUGUUGAUUCAUUUCAUGCAUGUACGUACUAUAUGUAAGUACAAUAUUGUAACAAUUAUUAUGUACGUUGAACUUCAAUCACAUUAAUGAUUAUAUGCAUGUUUAUUGCUUCGUUUAUACGAGAAUU